UGUUACAUAUUAAUAAUUAAAAUUUUUUUUUUCAUUUAUUAAGCUAUGGUUUUCUAGAAAAGCGGUGCCGUUAUUUAGCGGCCGUAAUAUAGCGUUGGGUGACGUCACCCAUACGUUUUCUAUAAAUAACAUCGGACUAGGUUUCCUAGAGUACGUUGAGUGUCACCGUAACAUCAAAUAGCGGUGCUGUCAGUUGCAUGACGGUUGUCAUAGCGGUGAUAAACAGUUGUUCAACGUUUUUCGCGUGUAGCGGUGUGCAUAUUUAAUUAUUACAAUGAGUGGAAACGUGAUUUGGACGAGCAAAAAUGACGAACAAUUAAUUGAUUUUGUCAAAAAUCAUGAAGCUUUGUACAAUAUCAAAUCCAAAGAGUAUAGACAAGCCCAGAUGAAGCAAAAUUUGUGGAACGAAAUUGGAAUAACACUUAAAAAAUCAGGUUCUGACUGCAGUAAACGAUGGGCCUACGUAAGGGAUUAUUAUAUUCGGCGUAAAGGUAAACCUGGUACUGGUUCAGGUGGAGAAGCAGCAAAGAAUAGGUCUGUUCUCCUAUCAUUCUUAGAUAGCCUUCCUUCAUCACAAAGACUUAAUACAAUAACUAAUGUUGUUGGAGAUGAGAUUAGGUUUGACGAGAGUGAAUUUAUGGAAAACUCUCACGCUGACCUCGAAGAAAACAUCACCCAGAUUGAUGAAAGAGGAGAUAUUAACGAAGAUAAUGAUAAAAAAAUGGAUGGUAAGAAAGACUUUAUGAGAGAUAAAAAAAAGAUAAAACUAACACACUCUGAAGAACGAUUACAAUUACUGAAACAAAUAGCUGAACGAAACUCAACUCCUGCUAAUGAAUUGGACGAAAUCGACCUUUUUUUUAAAUACAUGGCAAAAAUUGUAAAGAAGCUUCCUCGGUAUGAACAAGUGCAAUUAAGGAUGCAAAUUUCGUCAUUGGUCGGUAAUGCUGAAUUAAAAAGUAUUUUAGGUGAUUCAAGACAGACAGAUUCAUCAACAGGGCCAAGUUCAACAAUGAGCUUCAUACACUCAGAAACGGUGCCAUCUCCAAAUAUAUGACGAGUCAUCACAAACAAUAACAUACUUUUAAAAAUUAAAUAUGUUACUUCACUUGUUAUUUAUACAAAUAAAACAUUUCUUAA